AUGCCUGCUAAGCUUGGUAUCAACGGUUUCGGUCGUAUUGGGCGUCUGGUCUUCAGGGCCGCUAUGGAGAAUCCCAAUGUGACGGUGGUCGCGGUUAACGAUCCCUUCAUGGACAUCGAAUAUAUGCAGUAUUUGCUCAAGUACGAUACGGUUCAUGGCAGGUUCAAGGGGGAGGUCUCCAGUGCUAACGGUAAUCUUAUUGUCAAUGGUCAGACUAUUCACUUCUUCAAGUCGAGGGACCCUGCUGAGAUCCCAUGGGGUCAGGCUGGUGCUGAUUACGUCUGUGAGUCUACCGGUGUCUUCACCACUUCCGAAAAGGCUGGUGGACAUCUUGGUGGUGGCUGCAAGAAGGUCGUCAUCUCGGCUCCUCCUAAGGACAGUACUCCUAUGUUCGUCAUGGGAGUCAAUAACGAGAAGUAUACCUCUGACUUGAAGAUCGUCUCCAACGCCUCUUGUACCACCAACUGCCUCGCCCCUCUAGCUAAGAUCGUCCACGAUAACUUCGGUAUCGUCGAGGGCCUCAUGACCACCGUCCAUGCUACUACCUCCACUCAGCUCACCGUCGAUGGUCCUGCUAAGGGUGGCAAGGAUUGGAGGGGUGGUCGCUGUGCUAGUCAGAAUAUCAUCCCUCCUCCACUG